AAUAAACAUAUCAUAUAUCAGACUCUACUUCUCUCUCUUUAAGCCCUUUCUAUCAUUCUCAUUGACUCCUCUCUCUCUAAACCCUAGAUUAAACACCAAAUUGAUACACCUCAUGGUGUCUGUCUCUCACUCUCACGGUGAAUAUCUCUGAUGUUUUUAUCUCUCCUUUUGGAUUAGGAAUAGGCAGAUUUUUAAAUGUUAUGGUCUGCUGUCUUAUUGACUUAUUUUGGUCUGCAAACUACAACUGAAAUUGUAAGGAUUCUAGGAUAUAAUACUUGGACUCUACGAUUCUGUGAAGCUGUUGUCGCUAAAUUCUGUUUGUCCUGCGGCUGAGAAACAAGGCAAAGGCCAAGCAAAUUUCUCUCUCGAAUCUCUCUGUUCAGACAAAGUGUACAUGGAGUGAUUUUCAUGAUAAUGAAGUAGACCGCAUUUUUUGGUUGAAAGCAGCUCUACGGAUAAAAGAACACUUGUAUGAGGCCCGGAGGAAAUUGAUAAAACCUAGUUGGUUGAAUAAUGAAGUAUGGACCCAGUUCUUGAUAUUAUGGGACACUCCUGAAUUUAAGGCAAAGAGGGAACGAGGAAAGGCAUAUCGAGCCUCUGAAAUAGGUGGCUCGCUACACACCAGAGGUUCUAUGAGUUUCACUACCCACCAAAGAAGACUGAACUUCUUAAAGGGGAGAGUAGCUGCACCUAUUCCUAAGACCUUCGAAGAGACACAUAAGAAGAAAAAUCCAGAUGGUACAAGAGAAGAAUGGGUAGAACCACGUGCUAAGGAUGCAUAUGAAGGAUUUCAAAAAAGCAUUGAAGAUUGGCGUCAAACCCAACAUGCUUCAGAGGAUGGUACCAUGGUCCAACCAUCACCUGAUGAUAUGAAUAGAACGUGGACAAAUGUGGUAGGUGGUCCAAAAAAGGGUAACACCUACGGGCUUGGAGGUAACCAAUCCACGAGUAGUUCUUCCCCAAUGUUGCCCAACUCUGCUUGUAUUUCGCUAAAUGCGGAAGAAAUGGAAAUGAUGAGAACAAAAAUUAAGGAGUUGACGCAACACUCUGCCAAAUUUGCCAAGUUUGAAGCGUUAGUCAAGAAGCAUAUGCCACAAGUAUUUGAGGAUGGGGAAGAUAGUGUAGAUGAUUAGAUUGUAGUGGUUGGGUUUUGUUUAUGAUUGUGACAUUUAAACUUAGAAUAUUAGAAUUGGUGUUUGUUUUGGAUUGUGACGUUCCGAUCGACUUGUCUUGAAAUGCUUAAACUAUUUGAUUCCCCUA